CAUUGACCUUACCUUAUUGGAUUUUAUUCAUUUAAUAGGCUAAAACUUGAUGUAAAUCAAUCUUUUCUUAAGGAAACAAGUUGAAUUGCUAGUUUUAGGUGUUUACGAGGUGGUUUAGAAUGGUUGGUUCCCUUGAUGAAAAUUUAGCGACGGAGGAUUUGUCUAGUUAGGGUUAUGCACGUGGUUCACCAUCGCCGUCGUGUCACACUCCUGAAUCAGUAAGGUCGGUUGAUUUUUUAACUAAUCCCCCAAAACCCCUCCAAUCUUCCUCUUUCCUUCUCCACCGCCACCGCCUCCACCAUUUCCGCCUCCUCCUCCAAGCUUUCCAUAUAUUUCUUUCCAUCUCACUGAUCUCCGCCGCUGUUUACUAAACUUCGAGAUUUGGGAAGAUGAACAUUUAUAGAGGAAUUUCUCGUAUGUCGAGAAUAACGAGCUGUUACAACCGUUGUCGAUGGUUGCACAACUCUUCUCCGCAUCACCAAUUGUCUCACUCCAGUCCCUUCAAGUCUCCCAUGGAGCCCUCUGAAAAGGUUUUGGGUUGCAGAGUAAUCUACCCCUGGAUUUCACGCCCCUUUAGUUCUGGUGGACCUCAACCCCAAUAUGAUAGAUCUUCAGUUGAGGAUCAAGUGGAUCCUUUUUCUCUAGUUGCUGAUGAACUAUCAAUUGUAGCUAAUAGGCUGCGAUCAAUGGUGGUUGCUGAGGUGCCAAAGCUUGCUUCAGCAGCUGAGUACUUCUUUAAAAUGGGAGUUGAAGGGAAGAGGUUUCGACCCACUGUUAUUUUAUUAAUGGCAACAGCUUUAAAUGUUCAAAUUUCUAAACCAGCAUCAGAAGGGGUUGUGGAUAUGUUUUCAACCGAGUUGAGGUUGAGACAACAAUCGAUUGCUGAAAUCACAGAGAUGAUUCAUGUUGCUAGUCUCCUUCAUGAUGAUGUAUUGGAUGAUGCUGAUACAAGACGUGGGAUUGGAUCUCUUAACUUUGUAAUGGGAAAUAAGCUUGCAGUAUUGGCUGGAGAUUUCUUGCUUUCUAGAGCUUGUAUAACCCUCGCCUCUUUAAAAAACACAGAGGUUGUAUCACUAAUAGCAACAGCUGUGGAGCAUCUUGUGACAGGUGAAACAAUGCAAAUGAGCACGUCAGCAGAGCAGCGUAGUAGGUAUUAUAUUUAUAGCAACCUACUUUUGUUUCGUUUCUUCCGAAAAUACCCCUACAAAGCUUCUUGUGACUCAUUAACAAAUUCUCUUGCAAUAUUCUUUUUUUGUUGCAGCAUGGAUUACUAUUUGCAGAAGACGUAUUACAAGACUGCAUCUUUAAUUUCAAACAGCUGCAAAUCCAUUGCACUUCUUACCGGCCAAACUACUGAGGUUGCCAUGCUGGCAUAUGAAUACGGGAAAAAUCUUGGUUUGGCAUUCCAAUUAAUUGAUGAUGUACUUGAUUUCACUGGCACAUCAUCAUCUCUAGGGAAGGGUGCAUUAUCUGACAUUCACCAUGGAAUUGUGACAGCUCCAAUAUUAUAUGCAAUGGAGGAGUUUCCCGAACUACGUACAGUUGUCGACAGGGGCUUGGAUGACCCUGAAAACGUGAAUCUUGCUCUGGAGUAUCUUGGAAAAAGUCAUGGAAUACAAAGAACAAGAGAACUGGCAGCAAAGCAUGCCAGCCUGGCAUCUGCUGCAAUUGAUUCAUUGCCUGAAAAUGAUGACGAGGACGUUCAAAGAUCUAGGCGGGCCCUUAUAGAAUUGACACACAGAGUUAUCAAUAGAACAAAGUGAAGAAAAGAUCAAGAUAAAUAUAUAUAUGGAAGAUUUUGUUUUAUUGCAAUUGUAGUAGCUUUUUAAGCCACAGCUCAGUGGGUUUGUUGAUUGUUCAUUUUCUUGUUUAAUAACGAGUCAUUACUCAAUAAUGAUUAUUCACCACAAGCUUUUAAGAAAGAGAUAUAAUUGGGAAGGAUGCAGUUUUAUUUUA